AAGACACAUUGACGGAUAUCAGUUCGGUCUCCAGGCAUAAGGCAUUAGAGAAAGAUUCGCGGCUUGAACCAAUUACAGAGAAAUAAGGAAAAGAAAAUAAUAGGAAGUCUGAACACCCCUAUACAAAAUCUAACGUGAGAGAUAUGAACUAUAGUGUUAUCUUAAAAAAGAUUUGUAGCCUGAACCAAUAAUGGGAAAGACAAAGACGCAUGAACACCACUUCAAUCUGCGCACCCAAACGACUUUGCCAGAGUCCUGCCCCCUACAGUAAAAAAGAAAAAAAGAUAAAGAAAAACAAACAUUAGAAGAUUUUUAAAAAAAAACAGCUCUUUUAUUACUGUAUUGAUUAACGAAAUCUUUCAGGCAAGAAUUGUCUUGUAAAUAUUAACCAUAUUGACCUGGUCAAAAAUCUCCAUGGGCUCUCAAAACCAUCAUCUAUCUUCAAGCAUAGCCCUCCACGUGUCAACCCCAAACACGCCAUGCCCAACCUCCCCCCUUGGCGCCCAUUCCUCAAUUUCACCAAGAAAACAAAAUCUCGCCAAACUUUGGCAUCCUUUCUUUCUGGGUUAGAGUUCCCAGCAGGACACCAUGUCCCUCUGCCUCUUCCUCCUAUGGCUCGUCACCAUCCCUCUCCUCGCCUACUCUCAAAGUAACCCUAGAGGGUACCUCCUAAACUGUGGAGCUGGGCCGUCGCCUGGCAACGACGUAACAGUAGGGAGUCUGAAAUACAUCACAGACGAGGGCUUCAUAUCGGUGGGAAACACCAGCACCAUCAAACAGGAUGGCCUAGUGCCCAUACUCACCACAUUGCGCUAUUUCCCAAACAAGUCCGCACGUAAGUACUGCUACGCUAUCCCUGUGAUCAAAGGAGGGAAGUAUCUCGUUCGAACCACGUACUAUUAUGGCGGUUUUGAUGGCGGGAAGGAGCCUCCGGUGUUUGAUCAGAUUGUGGAGGGGACUAAAUGGAGUGUGGUUAACACCACGGAGGACCAUGCCAAUGGGAUGAGCUCGUAUUAUGAGAUUGUGGUGCAGGCUAAGGGAAAGGCCUUAAGUGUGUGCCUUGCGAGGAAUAACAUGACAGCAUCGGAUUCUAGCCCCUUUAUCUCAGCUCUUGAGAUGGAGUACAUGGACGAUUCAGUGUACAACGCCACGGAUUUUAACAAGUAUGCGCUUACCACGGUGGCCAGGAGUAGCUUUGGAGAUGAUGGUGACAUAAUUGGCUUUCCAGAUGACAAAUUCAACCGGUUUUGGCAACCUUAUAAGGACCAGAACCCUGUUGUGACCAGCAAGUAUAAUGUAACUCCCUCCGAUUUCUGGAACAUCCCGCCAGCAAAAAUAUUCCAAAAUUCUGUCACAAGCAGCCGAGGGAAGCCACUGCAAAUCAAAUGGCCAGCCGGGUCACUCCCCAGUGCAAGCUACUAUAUUGCAUUAUAUUUCCAGGACAACAGAAAUCCAAGUCCACAUAGUUGGAGAGUCUUUAAUGUUUCUGUGAAUGACAAGAACUUCUAUGCCAAUGUUAAUGUCAGCACCAGAGGCUUAACAGUUUAUGCACCGCAGUGGCCGCUAUCCGGGCAGACUCAGAUUGUCCUAACUUCUGGCCAAGGCAUACCUGUUGGGCCUGUCAUCAACGCCGGUGAGAUCAUGCAGAUUCUGCCUCUUGGAGGAGUGACUGUCAAUAGAGAUGUUGGGGCAAUGAAUGAGUUGAGAAGACAUUUCGACAAUCCACCUCCCGAUUGGAGUGGCGAUCCUUGCCUGCCACGAGAGAAUUCAUGGACUGGUGUUACAUGUUCUCAUGGAAAAAAUUAUCGAGUAACAGCUUUGAAUCUAACUGGCAUUGGGCUAUCUGGGUCACUGGCACCAAACAUAGCAAAUUUGACUGCUCUACGCCAUAUUUGGUUUGGGGGAAACAAACUUUCAGGCAACAUUCCAGAAAUGGGCUCAUUGAAGGAGUUGCAGAGUUUGCAUUUGGAAAACAACCAGCUUGAAGGACUAAUUCCUCAAUCAUUACGAAAACUUCCAAAACUACAAGAGAUUUUCCUUCAGAAUAACAAAGUUAAGGGCGAUGUCCCCCACACGCCACAGGAUAAAAAGAAGAACAUUCAGUUGAAGAACGACCCUGACAGUGGAUCGCAGUCUCCAGCUAGGAUGUAAUAGAACUGUAAGAGUCGAAUGACAGGAAUGGAUCGACACGGCGUGGAGAGAUGUCAGAAAAAUUUAGACCCCUGCUUCAGUAAUAGUUUGGUUGGGGAAGGUCUUCAUGUUUAUGGCUCUCUCUUUUUUUCUCUCUCCAAAUGUCAGCCCCAUAAUUCGAAAACCAACAAACAAACCAAGUGCAGCAUAUGCAAUAUGAUUAAUUAACAUGU